AUAUUUGUCCAACGCGUAAAUGAGUGAACAGGAAGGAAGGGGAGGGUUUUGAAAGUCCAUCCUCGUCUGCCUCCUCCUGACCACACCCCAGCAGUCACUCCUGGAUAAAACUCUCCCCUCCGUGCGACUGUCACAGUGGAGAAGGCGGCUCCUGUCGGGUCUAACUGGGCAGCGGGGGCCAUGCCGCGCUACACGGUGCACGUGCGCGGGGAGUGGCUGGCGGUGCCCUGCCAGGACGCGCGGCUCACGGUGGGCUGGCUGGGCCGCGAGGCCGUGCGGCGCUACGUCAAGAACAAGCCCGACAAUGGCGGCUUCGCCUCGGUGGAGGCCGUGCGCUUCCUCGUGCGCCGGUGCAAGGGCCUGGGCCUGCUGGACAACGGGGACGCGCUCGAGGUAGCCCUGGAGGACAACGAGUUCGUGGAAGUGGUUAUAGAAGGGGAUGCAAUGUCUCCAGACUUCAUUCCAUCUCAACCUGAAGGGGUUUACCUUUACAGUAAAUACCAGGAACCUGACAAGUACAUCGCCUUAGAUGGGGACAGUCUGACCACAGAGGACCUGGUCAACCUGGGAAAGGGACACUACAAAAUAAAGCUCACUCCAACUGCUGAAAAGAAGGUGCAGAAAUCCAGAGAAGUCAUAGAUAGCAUUGUGAGAGAAAAAACGGUUGUUUAUGGCAUCACUACAGGUUUUGGGAAGUUUGCCAGAACUUUAAUUCCUUUUGAUAAGCUAGAGGAGCUCCAGGUCAACUUAGUACGUUCACAUUCUUCAGGUGUUGGGAAACCACUAAUUCCUGAGAGAUGUCGGAUGCUCUUGGCUUUAAGGAUCAAUGUCUUAGCCAAAGGAUACAGCGGCAUUUCCCUGGAGACCCUCAAACAAGUUAUCGAAGUAUUUAAUGCCUCCUGCUUGCCCUAUGUUCCAGAGAAAGGAACCGUUGGUGCCAGCGGAGACCUUGCCCCACUUUCUCAUCUUGCCCUUGGGCUAAUUGGAGAAGGGAAGAUGUGGUCUCCAAAGAGUGGCUGGGCUGAUGCUAAAUACGUACUGAAAGCCCAUGGAUUGAAACCAGUUGUUUUGAAACCAAAAGAGGGUCUGGCACUCAUCAAUGGGACUCAGAUGAUCACCUCCCUGGGCUGUGAAGCUGUAGAGAGAGCCAAUGCAAUCGCGUGGCAGGCUGACGUCAUAGCGGCCCUGACACUUGAGGUGCUCAAGGGCACCACCAAAGCCUUUGAUACCGACAUUCAUGCUCUUCGUCCUCAUCGCGGGCAAAUUGAGGUUGCUUUUCGGUUUCGAUCACUCUUGGACUCUGAUCACCACCCAUCAGAAAUAGCAGAAAGUCACAGGUUUUGUGAUCGUGUUCAGGAUGCAUAUACCUUGCGCUGUUGUCCACAGGUCCAUGGUGUGGUGAAUGACACUAUAGCAUUUGUGAAGAGCAUUAUUACCACAGAAAUUAACAGUGCAACAGAUAAUCCUAUGGUGUUUGCCAGUAGGGGAGAGACUAUUUCUGGAGGAAACUUCCAUGGUGAAUACCCAGCCAAAGCCCUGGAUUAUUUGGCCAUUGGUGUCCAUGAACUUGCUGCGAUCAGUGAAAGAAGGAUCGAAAGACUCUGUAACCCCUCCCUCAGCGAGCUGCCUGCCUUCCUGGUGACUGAAGGUGGUCUGAACUCUGGGUUCAUGAUAGCCCACUGUACAGCUGCAGCCUUAGUUUCUGAGAACAAGGCUCUGUGCCAUCCGUCAUCUGUGGAUUCCCUCUCCACCAGCGCUGCCACAGAGGACCACGUCUCCAUGGGAGGAUGGGCAGCAAGGAAGGCACUACGGGUCAUCGAGCACACGGAGCAAGUGCUGGCCAUCGAGCUCCUGGCAGCCUGUCAGGGCAUAGAGUUUCUACGCCCCCUGAGAACAACCACUCCACUGGAGAAGGUCUAUGACCUGGUGCGUUCUGUUGUAAGGCCCUGGAUUAAAGACCGCUUCAUGGCCCCCGACAUCGAGGCAGCACACAGACUCCUCAUAGAGCAGAAGGUUUGGAAAGUAGCUGCACCAUAUAUUGAAAAGUACAGAAUGGAGCAUAUUCCAGAAUCAAGACCUGUUUCUCCUACAGCCUUUUCACUGGAAUCUCUACAUAAGAAAUCUACCAUUCUCCCAGAGUCUGUGGAUCUUUAAGGGGCUUUGUCAUAGAUGUGCAGAUCAGUUUAACAGAAAGCAGUAUUAUGCUGAGAGAGAGAUCUGGGAACUUUCCUGGGUAGAUCAAUCCAUUAUAAAAUUCUGUUCUCCUAAAACCUCCUUUGGUUAGCUGAUAAUAGUAUUAAGUUGCUCUAUCCAGCACUAUGCGCUUGUUAGACACAGUUUGAAACAUACCAGGUGCUUUCAGAUUAUAGGUGUUUAUUCCUAAUGUCAUCAACAAGUCACUGUGUCUUGAAGGUGAGAAGAGUGGCCUCCAGUUGCAUUGGGUCUGUCUUCUACUCCUAGUAUUAUUAGAACUUAUAUCAGGCAACAGAUUGAUAGUAGUCAUUUCUAAAAAACAUUAGACUUUUGUGAACCUGACAAGCUCUCCACUAGUUAACUUUCUUUGGCUGAUUGUACUAUGCCACAAUGUGACAAAUAUUCCUUAAUAGGCCUUUAUGAAAACCAGUGUAAGCCAUAUUUGUCCUUAAGCAGUUCUUUCUUCUAUUAAUUGAAUCAUAGUAAAGAAGAGUCAAUAGGGUGAAAGCAGUUAAGUCACAGGGGUAGUUAAAACCAAUAAGCGGUUUUGUGUGGAAAGAAUAUAAAGAUGCUAUUUG